AUGGCCGCCCGCGCGCUCGUCGCGCUGCUCGCCGUGGACGUCGCGUCGGCCUGCUGGACGUUGGACCUCGGCCACAACCUGAACCCCGGCAGCGCCCACGCGACCUGCCCCGGCGUGCCCAACGGCCAGGUCUGCGCGCCGGACGGGUCCUCUAAUUAUCAUUUUUGGGACGGCGCGUACCACAACGGCAUCUUCCGGGGCGUCUUCCAGACGAACCAGUGCUCCAACGACAAGUGGGGCUACUGCCCGCUCUGCGACCCGCCCCAGUACCUCGUCUACGCGAACCAUUCAGCGAACUGCGUCAACCAGACGGUCCCCGCGCCGCAGUACGACCCCAAGGACGGGCCCCACGGCGCGCAGCUCCGGGGCCGCGUCGGCAUGACCCUCGCCGGCGUAAACAUCUACGGCCCGGAGGAGGCGGGCUUCGGCUUCGGGCCGAACCCGAUGCCCUGCGAGCGGACCGCGCGGCGAUUCGACCGGUUUCCCGUCGACGAGCCGAGAAGCACGGACGGCACGGGCUACUGCUACGCGGGCGUCGACGUGCCGACGUGCGAGUCCGCGCUCGACAUCAUGUGCUCCGCGACGGGCUCCAAGGUCGUCCACGAGCUCAUGCUCGACUCCUGCGGCGGCCACGCCUUCCCCUACCACUACCACAACGACAACGCGUGCGACUACGACCACUCGCUCAAGCAGCACAGCGUGCUCAUCGGCAUCGCGCUCGACGGCCACGGCAUCUACGGCCUCUACGAGUCCUACAACGAGACCUCGGAGGAGCAGGUCACGCCCGACGAUUUAGACGCGUGCAACGGCCACACGCACGGCGUCCCCGCGAACGCGACCUACGGCGUCGACGAGGCCGCGGUCUACGCGCGCACGGGCAUCUACCCGAUCUACACGCCGGAGUCGCCCGAGGGCUACUGCUACGACGCGGACUGCCCGUGCUUCGAGAAGAGCAACGACCGCUACGGCCGCAACUCGAACCUGACGGUCGCGGAGUGCUCCUGCUACAACGUCUGCGACGAGGUCUCGAACACGGACUGCGGCAGCGUCUCCUGCGACGCGAUGCUCGCGUCGGGCGACUUCCACUGCGCCGACGACUUCUGCCCGACCUGCCCCAAGAAGAACUGGUGCGACAAGUCCUGCGGCUUCGGCGCGUGCGCGGACCCCGCCUUCGACCUGCUCCUCCAGCACGACCUGCGCAUCUACGGCGAGAUCGUCGUCACGGAGGGCCCGCUCGACUACACGCGCUUCCUCGUGCUCUCGACGACGGACGCGGCGCCGCCGCUCGCGCGGCCGAAGACGUCCCUCGCCUUCGCCGUCAUCGACCGGCCGGGGGCCUUGGCCGAGGCCCUCGGCGAGUUCGGCCGCCGCCAGGGCAGCAAAAGAGAGCGAAAUUCCCAACUUCAAAGGCUCAUAUCUCGGCCGUUUUCCACUCGCCGCCGCGGCAUCAACCUCCUCAAGCUCGAGAGCCGGCCGCGGCGGCGGACGACGGGCGCGGGCUUCACCUACGUCUUCUUCCUGGGCUUCGAGGGCACGCUGCGCGACGAACCCUGCGUCGCGGCCGUCAAGGCGCUCCUCGAGCGCUGCGCCUUCGUCCGCUUCCUCGGGUCCUACGACGCCGCGCCGCCCGUCGAGCGCGAGGGCUCGGGGAACCGUCUUGUCUGUUGCGAGAGCACCAUGUCGACCGUGGACCCGCUGCGGUCCGGGGCCAUCUUCCGGUGCGACAUCGAGAAGAUCCGGUCGCCCCUGCCGCGCGCCGCGGGCCACGCCGGCGCCGCCGGCGCGCCGCCGCCGGCGCGCGGCCCCGCGGCGGCGCUCAUGGCGGCGCCGGCGCCCGGCGGCCGCAUCAGCUCGGACUUCGCGGACCUCAUCGCCAUGAGCCCCGUGCCGCACUCCGUGCGGCCGCCGGCCCGAUCCCUGCCGCCGCCGAAGAACGCGCCGACGAAGGUGACGGCGGGCUCGCUCGGCGUUCUCAAGGUCCUCGGCCUCGAGGGCUCGCCGCGCGCGCAGGCGCUCCAGGGCCUCGGCGCGGCGGCCGAGGUGACGCCGCCCAAGGCGCCGGCGCCGCGGUGCGACGCGCGCGACUUCAAGUCCGCGGGCCGGACGCCGCGGCCCGCCGGCGGCGGCGGCCUGCUCGCCGGCUACAAGGCGCCGCCGGCGAAGAAGGCCAAGAAGCGGCCGGCGGCCAAGGCGCCGCCCCCGACGCGGGCGCCGACGCGGCCCGCGGAGGCGACGCCCGAGAAGGCGGCGCGGCCCGCCGCGGCGACGCCGCCGGCCGCGGCGACGCCGCCGGCGCGGCCGCCGGCCGCGGCGACGCCGCCGGCGAAGAAGCGGCCCGCGGCGACGCCGCCGGCGAAGAAGCGGCCCGCGGCGGACGACUACGACUUCCCGGGCCUCCCGAGCGACGACGAGUUCGGCGACUUCGUCAGCGCCGCGGCGCGCGGGCCCCGGCCCGCGAAGAAGCGCCGCGUCGCGCCGCCGGAGCCGCGGAAGAACGCGCCCCGGGAGGCCGCGUCGCCCAAGAAGGCCAAGGUCGCGUCGCCGGCCAAGAAAAAGAAGGCCGCGCCCGCGUCGCCGGCCAAGAAGCCCAAGAAGGCCGCGAAGAAGACGACGGCCCCGUGGCCGACGGCCGCGCCGACGCGCAAGCCCGCGGCGAAGAAGAAGAAGGCGCCCAAGGCGCCGCGGGCGCCCGCCGCGGCGGAGGUCGCGACGCCCGUCGUCACGACGACGCGCAGCGGCCGCCGCUCCUUCGGCGCCCUCGACUGGUGGCGCUCGGAGCGCAUCGUCGUGCGGCCCGGCGCCGACGCCGUCGUCGUCGCCGGCAGCGCGGCCGCCGAGGACUACCUCGGGGCGGCGAAAAUAAUGAUGGCCGCGUUGCUGCUACUCGGCUGCCUCCUGGGCGGCGCGGCGCGGCGCGACGGUUCCUCCAUGCCGAGCGCCGCGGCGCGGCGCGAUGGUAACUCCAUGCCGGGCGGCGUGAAGCUGUACGAGCGCAAGAUCUAUUCUAUCGACCGGAGCUGGCGCUUCUCGUUGUGCGAGGACGACGCCUGCGCGCAGGGCAGCCCGGCGUCCUGCCCCGAGGGGGCCUGGUGCGCCGCGAGCCUCGACGACGACGCCUGGCGGCGCGUCGACGUGCCCCACGACUUCGUCGUCGAGGGGACCUUCAACAACGAGAGCGACAUGGCGCACGGCUACCUGCCCUACGGCGUCGGCCUCUACCGGAAGGCGCUCGCCGUGUCCGCCGCCGAAGCGAAGGCCAUCCGCGACGGGUCCCUCGUCGCGCACGUCGAGUUCGACGGCGCCCAGACGUCGACCACGGCCUACCUCAACGGGUCGCUCCUCGGGACCCACGGCUCCGGCUACACGAAUUUCCGGUUCCCGCUCUCCGGCGACCACGCGGAAGCGCUCGCCGCGGGCGCGGUCCUCGCCUUGCGCGUCGACGCGACGCAACCCGACGGCUGGUGGUACGACGGCGGCGGCAUCUAUCGCCACGCGCGCCUGCUGCUGACGCCGGCGACGCACCUCUCGGUGCUCGGCGGCGCGUACCUUCCGUCGACGGUCGCGGGGCCGAUCGAGGCCGGCGUCGCGGACGCGAUCGUGUCGCCGCGCAUCGCCGUCGCGUCGACGUCUCCCACGGCCGAGCCCUUCGAGGUCACGGUGACGGUCGCCGAGGCGGCGACGGGCCGCGUCGUCGGCUCGGCAUCCGCCAAAGGCGCGACGACGCCGCCCGUCGGCCCCUCGGGCGCCAACUUUACGACGCUGGACCUGCCCCCCGUCGCCGUCGCGCGCGCGGCGCUCUGGAGCCCCGAGUCGCCGUUUCUCUACGACGUCACCGUCGAGGUCGCGACGGCCGCGUCGCGCGACGUCACGACGCACUCCAUCGGCGUGCGCGACGUCGCGUGGAAAGCGGACUCGGGGCUCUGGCUCAACGGCGCGCCCUACAAGAUCCGGGGCGCGGCGAACCACCAGGACUUUGCGGGCGUCGGCGUCGCCGUGCCCGACGCGCUCCAGGCGUUCCGCGUGCGCAAGCUCAAGUCCAUGGGCGCGAACGCGUGGCGGACGGCGCACAACGCGCCGACGCCCGCGCUCCUCGACGCGUGCGACGCCGAGGGCAUGUUGGUUUGGGAUGAAACGCACCGAAAUGGGAACCCGGGCGAGCAGACGCGCCUCGUGCUCCGGGACCGGAAUCACCCCUCCGUGGUCAUCUGGAGCAUCUGCAACGAGAAGCUCUGCGAGACGAACGACACGCUCGGCGACGGCAAAGCCGCGGCCGCGCUCUACCGCGAGCUCGACCCGUCGUUCGGGCGCGCGGUGUCCGCGAACUACAAUCCCUGGCGGCCCCCGGACUAUCCCGGCGACGUCGUGGGCAUCGACUACGCGACGAGUACGUACGACGCCGAGCACGCGAAGAACGCGUCGAUGCCCUUCAUCUCGAGCGAGACCUCGUCGGCGGUGUCGGACCGCGGCGAGUACGCGAGCGACGCCGUCGCCGCGCACGUCGCGGGCUACGACACGACGGCCCCGACCUGGGGCGAGGUCGCGGAGGACGCCUGGGGCGGCGUCGGCGAGGCGGACGCGCAGGGCAUCCUCACGCGGCCGUUCGUGAGCGGCGGCUUCACGUGGACGGGCUUCGACUACAAGGGCGAGCCGACGCCCUACUCGUGGCCGAACGUCAACUCCCAUUUCGGCAUUUUGGACAUCGCGGGUUUCGAGAAGGACCGCUUCUACUACUAUCAGAGCGUCUUCAAACCCGAGGAGCCCAUGGUGCAUCUGUUUCCGCAUUGGAACUGGGCCGUCGAGGAAAAGGGGGCGCACCUCGCGGAGUGCGAAGGCCUCUGCGACGGCUCCGCGGUGGAGGUCUGGGCCUUCACGAACGGCCACUCCGCGGAGCUCACGGUCAACGGCGUCUCCCAGGGCGCGAAGCUCGUGCCCGCGCUGGGGCACGUGCAGUGGACCGUCGACUACGCGCCGGGCGCCGUCGCCGUCGUCGUCCGCGACGCACAGAACGCGACGGUCGCCUCGGACGCCGUGGAAACGACGGGCCCCGCGGCCGCGCUGCGCCUCUCCUUCAAGGACGGCGUCGGCGCCGGCGGCGUCGACGCCGACUGCGGCGUCGCCCUCGUCCAAGUGGAGGUCGUCGACGCCGAGGGCCGCGUCGUACCGACCGCGGACGCGAACGUGACGCUCGCGUCGUCGGCGGCCCUCCGCUUCAUCGGCGGCGGCAACGGCGACCCGUCGGAGCACACCGCGGACAAGAGCGCGUCGCGCCCCGCGUUCCACGGCCUCCUCCUCGGGGUCUUCGAGGCCACCGGCGGGGCCGCGGCGGCGGCGACGGUCACGGCGACCGCGGCCGGCGUCGACGCCGCGGAGCUCGACGUCGCGAUCGUCGAAAGCGACGCCGCGACCUACUGGUGCCCGCGCUACCCGGCGCUCUAA